CAGGCUGCCGUGCUUUGGACAACUGUCACGCUGGCACAACUCAGUUCCUCUGAUUGGGUACUCCCAGGCACUGAUUGAAAAUGCUGAUGCCGUCUCUACGCUCCUUUCCACUUGGAGGAGAAAUCUCUUUCCCCACCCCCAAGCCCAUCUCUAGCAUGUAAGUAAUGGUGAGAAGAUGAAGAUGAAAGCAGUGCAGCCUGAGUGACUGGAGAAAUACAGCAGUCUGCCGUAGCUGCAGUGUUAUGUAGGAGUCGUCUUCAGACUUCUCACCGUAGGUUUUUCAGCACAAACUGCUUGCAGGUUUCAGAAGGCUGUGAAAGGACUUGCCAUUGGUGCGUUGGUGUUUUCUGUGUAGCAUCAUAUUGCCUUGCUUUUCCCUGGACAGCUGUGUUCAGAACUUCAUGUGGAAAUCUUUCUAUUGAAGAGAGAUAAAAAGGAUCCUUAAUCUGAUUCUCUUUGGAUCUUUCUAUUUUUAUGGUAUAAGUUUAUCUAUUCAUGGGGCUGAAAAGCGUGUGCAAAUCUGUCAGAGGAGAACUGCAGCAAGCUACCCAGUGUUACAGCAUCCGCCUGUGGUUGGGCAACCUUCACUCCCACAAGUCAGAAGGUCAAUAAAGAUGGAAGCAUCGUCUGCUGGAUCUAGUAUUUCAGCAGUCACUGGUGGAAAAGCAAAACCCCAUCAGCCAGAAGGAACAGAGGAUUUGCAGGUUAACCAGUUGGAAACGCAAAUAUGGAUAAAACCAGACGUACAGAAGACAGAUGUGGACUUUUCAGAAAUUCUUAAUGCAAUACAAGAAAUAGCUAAGGAUGUCAACAUUUUUUUUGAUGAGUUAGAAGGUGUGAACAGCCCUUCCAAAGAUGAUGACUCCCUGCUUCACCAUGGUAACUUGACCAGUACUUCUGAUGAUGCCAGCAGGUUGGAAGUAGUGGGAGAGGAAGUACCUGACAAAAACAAAGCCAAUGGACUAUAUUUUAGAGAUGGGAAAUGUCGGAUUGACUACAUCCUGGUAUAUCGAAAAUCCAAUCCACAGACAGAAAAGAGGGAAGUAUUUGAGAGAAAUAUCAGGGCAGAAGGACUUCAGAUGGAAAAAGAGUCAUCUCUAACAAACAGUGACAUCAUCUUUGUGAAGCUGCAUGCCCCUUGGGAGGUCCUGGGCAAAUACGCUGAACUAAUGAAUGUAAGAAUGCCUUUCAGGCCCUUUAACCCCUUCACUGCUGGAGCCCCCUGCAUACUUGUGCGCUGCUGUUUUUUAAAUGGACAUUUCAUUGAAAUCAAUGGGAGGUCAAGAAGAUCCAGGAGAAAAAUCUAUUACCUGCACCGCCGAUACAAGUUCAUGAAUAGGAUCGAGAAACAAAUAAGCAGGUUUCGAGGAUGGUUACCUAGAAAGCCAAUGAAACUGGAUAAGGAGACACUGCCGGAUCUGGAGGAGAAUGACUGCUAUACUGCACCAUUCAGCCAACAAAGGAUCCAUCACUUCAUCAUACACAACAAAGACACUUUCUUCAAUAAUGCUACCAGAAGUAGAAUUGUACACCAUAUCUUACAAAGAGUGAAAUAUGAAGAAGGGAAAAACAAAAUUGGUCUGAAUCGAUUGCUCAGUAAUGGCUCCUAUGAAGCUGCAUUUCCUCUUCAUGAGGGAAGGUACAGAAGCAAGAAUUCAAUAAAAACCCAUGGGGCAGAAAACCACAGACACCUGCUCUAUGAGUGCUGGGCUUCCUGGGGAGUCUGGUAUAAAUACCAGCCAUUGGAUCUUGUGAGACGAUACUUUGGUGAGAAAAUUGGGCUGUACUUUGCCUGGUUAGGCUGGUACACAGGGAUGCUCUUCCCAGCUGCCUUCAUUGGAUUGUUUGUGUUUUUGUACGGAGUCACCACUUUGAACCACUGCCAAGUCAGUAAAGAAGUCUGUCAAGCUACAGAUAUCAUAAUGUGUCCUAUAUGUGAUAAAUACUGUCCCUUCAUGAGGUUGUCAGACAGCUGUGUUUAUGCCAAGGUAACACACCUUUUUGACAAUGGAGCUACUGUCUUUUUUGCUGUUUUCAUGGCAGUGUGGGCUACUGUUUUUCUGGAGUUUUGGAAAAGAAGGCGAGCAGUAAUUGCUUAUGACUGGGACUUGAUAGACUGGGAAGAAGAAGAGGAGGAAAUACGCCCGCAGUUUGAAGCCAAGUACUCCAAGAAAGAACGAAUGAACCCCAUAUCCGGAAAGCCAGAGCCUUAUCAAGCAUUUGCAGAUAAAUGCAGCAGACUCAUUGUUUCUGCAUCUGGAAUAUUUUUUAUGAUAUGUGUGGUGAUUGCUGCUGUUUUUGGCAUUGUUAUUUACCGUGUUGUGACUGUCAGCACUUUUGCUGCCUUUAAGUGGGCUUUAAUCAGGAAUAACUCUCAGGUUGCAACUACAGGGACUGCAGUGUGCAUCAACUUUUGCAUUAUCAUGCUACUGAAUGUGCUGUAUGAAAAGGUAGCUCUUUUCCUGACAAAUUUAGAACAGCCUCGUACCGAAUCUGAGUGGGAGAACAGCUUCACUCUGAAAAUGUUUCUUUUUCAGUUUGUCAACCUGAACAGCUCUACCUUUUAUAUAGCGUUCUUCCUUGGAAGAUUUACAGGACACCCUGGUGCCUACCUAAGGCUGAUAAACCGGUGGAGACUGGAAGAGUGCCACCCUAGUGGAUGCCUUAUUGAUCUCUGUAUGCAAAUGGGUAUUAUAAUGGUGCUAAAGCAGACAUGGAAUAAUUUCAUGGAACUGGGCUACCCGCUAAUUCAAAACUGGUGGACCAGGAGAAAACUACGGCAAGAGUAUGGCACACAAAGAAAAACAAGCUUCCCACAGUGGGAAAAGGACUACAAUCUGCAGCCUAUGAAUGCUUAUGGACUCUUUGAUGAAUACCUAGAAAUGAUUCUUCAAUUUGGAUUCACAACCAUUUUUGUGGCAGCUUUUCCACUGGCACCACUUCUGGCCUUACUUAACAAUAUUAUUGAAAUUCGGCUUGAUGCAUACAAAUUUGUCACCCAGUGGAGAAGACCUUUAGCUUCAAGAGCCAAAGAUAUAGGAAUCUGGUAUGGGAUUCUGGAAGGCAUUGGAAUUCUUUCUGUUAUCACAAAUGCAUUCGUUAUAGCUGUGACUUCAGAUUUCAUCCCUCGACUUGUUUAUGCUUACAAAUAUGGACCUUGUGCGGGCCAAGGAGAAGCUGGACAAAAGUGUAUGGUUGGCUAUGUUAAUGCCAGUUUAUCAGUAUUUCUGGUGUCUGACUUUGAAAACCGCUCAGAACCUACAUCAAAUGGAAGUGAAUUCUCUGGUUCACCAUUAAAAUAUUGUAGGUACAGAGACUACCGAGACCCUCCUCACUCCCCAGUGCCCUAUGGCUACACGCUGCAGUUCUGGCAUGUGCUAGCAGCACGGUUGGCUUUCAUUAUUGUAUUUGAGCACCUUGUCUUUUGCAUAAAGCACCUGAUUUCCUACUUAAUCCCAGAUCUCCCAAAAGACCUGAGGGAUCGGAUGAGGAGAGAAAAAUACCUGAUUCAGGAAAUGAUGUACGAAGCAGAAUUAGAACGUCUACAGAAAGAACGAAAGGAAAGAAAGAAGAACGGAAAAUCUUAUCACAAUGAGUGGCCAUGAUGGGGUGACGGUCCUAUAUGUUGUUUACUUACUCAAGCUCCACGAGAGCACUACCUUCAAAGGAAUGAGAAAAAGUGCAACCUCAAUGCAUGUCACAAACAUUUUCCAUAGCAAGCAGGACAGCACACAUCAAAGGAUUUACUGUGAAAUCAUCCUGCAAUCAGCAUAGAUUGAUCUCAAUAGACCACUCUUGACAGCAAGCAUGUACUUCAUGAGCAGUUACACGCCAGUUUUUAAAACCAAGGAAAAAAUUGUAUAUUGGGACUGUUUUUCAGCCUGUUUGCUACGUUUUUUGCAUUCUGUCCCAUAUUGGUUUUACAAAUCUUAGAAGAAAUGUAAAUGAACAACCUGGAUACUUUGACAAAAGAAAAAGCCUAAGUAUAGAACAUCAUCUGUGUUCAGAUCACCAAAUAUUACAACUGAAACCCUGUUUACAAAUCAGUUCUUUCUUUAUUUAAAGUCUUUCAGAUGGAAAUUAUGUUAUUUACCAUAUAUAUAUAAUAUAUAUAUAAAGUAUGUAGAGAGAUUGUUUAUUUGUAAAUAGAAAAAAAAUCCUAUGAAGAAGAACGUCAAGUUUUCACACUUUAAAAAAAAUCAUCAACAUAAAGCCAUGUUUAAUGCUUGUAUAAUGUGACGCAAUAAACUUUAAAAUAAAUUAUGCAUAUGAAAUAUUUGCUGCUUGGCGUU